AUGGCUUCUUCAAUUGAAAGAUUUUUAAUUCGACGAAGUCCUGUAAUUACUAUUGAUGAACCUAUUGGUAAACGAGGUAAAUUAAGGUCAAGACGGAAACGGGCAGAUGACGAUAAAAAUGUUUCCAAAAAGAUGAAAAAACAACCUAGUGUUGAGUUUUUACCAACCGUGAAAAUAGAGAGUCAACUUUUAUGGACUACUAAAUAUAAACCAAAUCAUGUCGGGGAAAUGAUCGGUUCUCGAGAGAAAUUCAUUGAAAUUAAAAGGUACAUUGAAGAUUGGACGAGUGGUGAUGAAAAUGAAGCAAUUCUGAUAAUCGGUCCUCCCGGUGUUGGUAAAACCUGCUUAGUUUAUGCAAUCGCUAAGGAGUUACAGUACAAAAUAUUUGAAGUUAAUUGUGGCCUCACCGAAAAGAUCAAUUAUACAACUGAGAAACUUCAUGAAACAAUACAGACUCAUCAAGUUUGUCUCAAUGAUACUCCCAAAUUAACCUCACUUUGGGCCUCACCAGAUCUCAAUGACCGUGAUGAUACAGCUGAAAUCUCAUUAUCCUCAAACAGUAUAAUCUUAUUUGAUGACAUCGAUUUCAUGAUUAGUAACAUAGUCAACGGAUUCUGGCGAGUCCUCAAGAACCUUGUCCAAGAGAGCAAGAAGCCAAUCAUUUUAACCGCUAAUCGUUAUUCUGAACACUUGGAAAAUUUCAUUUCUCCACUGAAGAUAUUUGAAAUGGACCCACCAAAAUCAGAGGAAAUUGUUAAACAUUUAACCGAGAUAGUGAAUAAAGAAUCGAGUGAAAAUCGGCCUCUCCAAUUGUCGCCGAUCAAUGUUACCACUUUUAACGGGGACGUGAGACGAACUCUCAAUGAGCAUCAAUAUAAUUGUAACAAUUCCAACGGAGAUUUGACCGAUGAACCAAUGGAAGUGACCUUAGACGACGAAACUCCUUCACAAAUCAGGCGAUAUAAUUUAUUAUGUUUAAACGAUUUGAUUACCACCAAAGUUGGAAUUUUAAGUGCCGAUGAAACUCGUUCGUAUUUUCUUCAAGGAAGAGAUAUCCCUUUUGACCAGUCGAUUAAUUGUCGACAAAUAGCCGAUGAGUUUAUAGAUACAAUUGAAAAGUUGACGAAUAAAGUUUUCGGCGAUGAAAUGAUUAAAAGGCCAAAGGAGACUUACGAUUCUAAAAAGUUCACCAACAAAUUAAACGAUUCAAUUAAGAAACAUGGUCGCUUCAUGAGUCGGCAAACAAUUGCCACAGAAUUUUUUCCCUACAUGUCGUUAAUUACAACCCAUCAGAAUAGUCGACGAUAUAAUACUCGAGGUUCUCGAACAGCGAAAGUGCCAAUUGGUCCAGUUGAUCCUUUUCUUAUAAAAUUCUCAGUAAUAGAUUAA